UACUUCUUCCGGGUGAACAUAAUUUUUUGUAUGAAGUGAGAUUUGUGCAUGAUAAAUAUUUGGGACUAGCUAGCUUUUUAGCUAACUAAAUUCAAACCAAAAUGUCCCGGGGCUCAAGUGCAGGUUUCGAUCGUCACAUCACCAUCUUCUCUCCAGAGGGUAGACUCUACCAAGUUGAGUAUGCUUUCAAGGCCAUAAACCAAGGUGGUCUCACGUCAGUAGCAGUCAGAGGUAAAGACUGUGCAGUAGUCGUCACACAGAAGAAAGUACCGGACAAGCUACUGGAUUCCUCCACAGUCACUCACCUGUUCAGGAUAACGGAGAACAUCGGCUGUGUGAUGUCAGGGAUGACAGCGGAUGGCAAAUCCCAGGUCCAGAGAGCACGCUACGAGGCAGCCAACUGGAAGUACAAGUACGGUUAUGAGAUCCCAGUGGACAUGCUGUGUAAAAGGAUUGCUGACAUCUCUCAGGUGUACACACAGAACGCUGAGAUGAGGCCACUGGGAUGCUGCAUGAUAGUGAUAGGUGUGGAUGAGGAGUAUGGUCCCCAGGUGUACAAGUGUGACCCUGCUGGAUACUACUGUGGCUUCAAGGCCACCGCUGCAGGGGUCAAACAGACAGAGGCCACCAGCUUCCUGGAGAAGAAAGUAAAGAAGAAACUUGACUGGACCUUUAAAGAAACUGUCGAGACCGCCAUCACCUGUCUGUCAACAGUCCUGUCCAUUGAUUUCAAGCCCUCUGAGCUGGAGAUAGGAGUCAUCACAACAGAGGACCCUAAGUUCAGGAUUCUGACAGAGUCUGAGGUGGACACCCACCUUGUGUCCCUAGCGGAGAGAGACUGAGCCCAGAAAUACUAAAGAGAGGCCCAGAGAGAUGUGUAAGACCCAGUUAGAGAAUGAUGGGAUUUGUAGUACCCAAAUUGAAAAACAGUGUUAAUCCUUGUUUGCUGUAUAUUUGCCCCCUGUUCCAUUAAACAUUUCAAGUAAAA